GAACAUUGCAUCAUGCUGAUAAAAAUUAUUUCAUUAAUUACAUUAUUGAAAUAAGGGGUCGUAUGAAAGUUUUGAUUAUUUUUUUUAGAUUGUUAAAAAAUAAAUACAUUUUUCAUAAUACAAUACGUAUGUUUUUAUUUUUGUUUAUACACAAUCGUGAAUUAUUUGUUUGAUUUGACUAAACUAUCAUUCAAAUUGAAUGAUUAAACAAUUUUGAAUUUUAGCAUAGACUGUCGAGAUAAUUGGUAUCAGUGUUUGUCAUUUUUAUUUAUCUUGAAAUGUAUGGUACCAGUGUCCUUAUAUCGUCAUUGAACACUUCAUUGAACACUUCAAUUCAAUGCGCAAUAUUCCAACCAAUGAUAUUUGUGUUGAGAUUUUAAGAUUAUCCUUCAUUUAUAAGUUAGAAAAUAUUAUAAAUUAAUUAUUAAAAUAUGAAAAUAGAAGUAUCAAACUCCACAAACUACUUAAAGGAGACUUAGCGGGCUAACUUACUGUGAUAGAAAAGUACUUUGUUUUUCAUAAUUUUAAUUUCCUCUAUGUUUUGUAUUAAUAAAGUACAACAAAUGUGUCUAGUCUAAUUGAUUACAAUUCUUGUCUUCGGUGGAAGGGACCAUGGUUCAAAUCCUAGCAUUGAUAUCUUUUUAUAUGAAAUAAAAAAAUGAUUGUGUAGACGAAAAUACCCUUCCUACUUUCAUUCUCAUUGUAGGAAAUUUGAAAUGGAGCAAAUCAAACUCUUUAAAAUGUAUUAUAAGCAGUCUGGUCUAGAUUUUCAGUAUGUGGGGGAAGUACCAUAGGAGCUGCAUACGGAGCUGACCGAUUAUUAUUUUGGUAGACUUAAAAUUCUAUAAAUAUUUAGAUAUUUUCUUUGUUUUUAUAAAUGAAAUUAAUAAGAAAUCGAGACUUGACAAACUUAUUGGCUUGACUCAUCAAUAAUAAGCUUAGGACAUUGUUGAAACUUGAAGGGUUCUUUUAAAUUGAACACAAAGGGAUUGGAAGAUCUCUUUCCUCUUGGCCUCCAUGAUCUCCUAUAGUCCUAUGUAUAUUAUAUCCAAGAAAGAAAAGGGUAUGUUAAAAGAACUGGACUUUACGGUUCGGCCGUACUGCGAUGGCCCACGGACGCAGAGCCAGGCCCAAGUCAUCAACGCAGGCGAACAGAACCCAGCAAACAACAAAAACUAAAAUAUUUAAAAAAGAAAAAUAAUGGCUUCGCCCGGGUUCGAACCGGAGACCUUCAGUGUGUUAGACUGACGUGAUAACCAACUACACCACGAAACCGUUGUUGUUUAAUGAAACCAGAAAACAUUAAAGUCCUAAUUUUGAAUGAUUUUGAUUAUAUCAGGGCGAAGUCCUCUCUCCCUUGCCGUCGAGGAAAAAAACCCUAACCUUCCUCCUCUCCAUCUAGUUCCCGGUUCUCAUACUUCGACUUUUGUUCGUGCCCUGCUUUUUCGUUUUUGCUGAGGCUGCCUUUGGUUCAAACCCGGAGAAACGAAAAUGUCUAGCGCUCUGGAUAUGUCCCUCGACGACAUCAUCAAGAACAAUAAGAAGCCCGGAUCUGGCAACUCUCGCGGCCGUGGCCGAGGUUCUGGACCGGGCCCUGCUCGCCGGAUCCCCAAUCGGGGAUUCAAUCGGCCGGCUCCCUAUGCAGCUCCUAUGGCUACGGAAACAGCGUGGCAGCACGACAUGUUCGCGGGUGCAGCUAUGGCUUUCCCAGCACAACCCGCUCAGACCUCCGCUAUUGAGACGGGAACUAAGCUCUAUAUCUCGAAUCUUGAUUACGGCGUCUCGAAUGAAGACGUAAAGGAACUGUUUUCUGAAGUUGGUGAUUUGAAACGGUAUGCAAUCCAUUAUGAUAGAAGCGGGAGAUCAAAGGGAACGGCAGAAGUUGUCUUCUCCAGGAGGGCAGAUGCACUUGCAGCCGUGAAGAGAUACAACAAUGUUCAGUUGGAUGGUAAACCGAUGAAGAUAGAGAUUGUGGGAACUAAUGUUGUCACCCCUGCUGUGCCUCCCGUUAUUACUGGAAAUUUCGGGAACCCAAUUGCACCAGUUGUACUUGGCGGAGGAAGUCAAGGCAGGGGUGGUGCUUUCGCUCGGCCACGGGGUGGCCGUGGUGGUGGUCGUGGAUUCGGAAGGGGUCGUGGGCGGAGAACUGGUGGCCGUGGCGGUGAUAAGAUAUCCGCUGAUGAUCUGGAUGCCGAGUUGGAGAAAUAUCAUUCCGAAGCAAUGCAAGAGAGUUAAGGGCUUUUCCUUUUACUUGUUAUUGCUGGGGGUGAUCUUGUGGAGCCAGGCUCUUAGAUAUUUGACAAAGUUCUGUAGUGAUUGAUGUUAGUAAGAGUCUUUGCUCUGGAGUGUGGGAUUUUAAUUAUCAGUUGUUCUUUGACUUGGUUAUGGGAAUGUGUGGGUAGUGUGGACAACUUUCAGUGUGUAAUGGCACUUGUGAUCGUAGUUUGGUCAGCUUCUUGAAUAGUUCCGUGCUUAAAGCCGCGGCAAUAGGAAGUGGACCCUUUUCUCGGUUUACUUCAUCCAUACACCAAAGAACUGCUGCCUGCAAGCCCAGAGAGCUUCAUUACAGUCUUUGGAGGGUUGCCACCUCCAUCGUAGAGUCGUGGAGACCGCAAUUGAGGUAGAUUUGAAUUCAUACUUUAAUUUUUUGGGCAACUUCUAGAGCUGUUAUUACUUGUUUGUCUUGCUAUGGUUUGAACCUAUCGAAGCUACACCUGCUCCCUUAUCUGGAAUCUGCACAUAUAUGUAUAAAAUGAAGUGAUGUUGAACGUACAGGUGAAGAUGAAACUGGGGAGAAUGGUUUCCUCCUGUGUAGGAAUCCUGUCGGUGGUUGCUUUUCAACGACGCUUUAUGUUUGAGAGGAUUUUGCUGCCAUUCUGGUCUGCUUACGGUUGUUGGCCAUGUAGUCUUGUUGUUUCUAACCAAUAUAGUUUUGUGGUGGCUGGUGCAUGUGUUUGAUGCAUAUUCACAAGCAAAAGUAAUGAUCAUCUAUGUUCUAAUGGCGGAUUCUUUUGUAAAGAGUUGUGGCUGAGUUGGUGCUCCUUGGGGUGGCUGCUUUUUAGUCCUCAGAGUCGAGUUCAUAUUUUUCCAGAGUAUCCAUUGAUGCCAUGGAGAUAUGAUUUGAGGCUAGCAAUGCGGUGGUAGGACCUGUUAUCAGUUGAUUUGCAGCAAUGUUGUGAUUCAUCAGGUCGCCUUGUUCUUAAAAGACUUAACCUGGAUAUAGGGUUGGGCAUUGGUUUCACCAAACCACUCCAAACCGCUCCAACGGUCAAUCCAAACCGUACCGUUAACUAUCGGUUUCGUUUGCGGACUAACCAUUUAAUUGUUAGUGGUUCGCGGUUUGGAUUGACCGAAACCACACGGUUACAGUUCAAAACCGCAAACCGCUAAUUCUUACUGAAGGUCGCCCACCACCAACCGCAAACGCAGAGAUUCUUCUUCCUCACCGCAAACCGCUAUCCCCCCGGCGGCGAUUCUUCUUCCUCAUCCAGUCCCCGCCACCGCCAGAUCCGCACCAUUCCCUCGCUACCCGGCGGCGAUUCUUCUUCCUCAUCCAUACCUAACGAUUCUUCUGUUCCUCUCGACGUUGCACAACACCAAGAGACGUCCCGAGCUUCAUAGAUCGACGCCGACGACGCUUCCCCUGACCUAAAAUCCAGAUUCGCACCUCCGCCGGCCUCCGCAUCCCAGCUCACACCGUCGUUCUGGUACUCUCUCCCUCCCUCUUCAUAUCCUUGAUCGGUUUCUUUUGGAUUCAAUCUCGAAAGUCGAAUCAACCGCAUGUCUUCCCGUCGGACCUCCGCCAAGGCGGCGACAUACCUACUUAUCCUUUUGCCCUCCGUGGGUUUUCUAGUAUGCUUGGUGGGUUGAUUAGAUUUGUUAGGUAUGGAUCUAGGGUUGUUUUUACCGUACCCGAAAUCGGAAGAGGAAAGUUGAAAACCACUGUAAUUAAUUGCGACAAUGCCUCAAUUCCAAAGUUGAAGCAAAGCUCCUUCCAUCCCUAAAUCUAUCUCUACACUCGAUCUAUUCUGCCAGUUAUUAUCUCCGCUUUCAUGUACGUGUUGCAUUUCUUCGUUUUCCAUUUCGAGCAUCUGAGUUCCUAUGUUGCUCUGAGAGCAGAGAAAUUUAGGCCAGCUGGGUUAAAUGAAGAAAUGCUCAAGCAUUCAAUACUCUUUGGAAUUUGGAUGCCAUUGUUUCUAGCAACCUGAAUGAUAAUGUUGUGGACAAGUAUUAUCUCAAAGCACUGGCAGGGCUUCCUACUUCAGAAAACUACAGAGAUCGAGUUGGGAUUCUGUUCAAAUUUGUACUAUUUACCAAUCUACAAAAUUGGAAUUGGGAAAUUUGAUAAGGGUUGAACAAGGGUUGAAAACCACUGUAAUUAAUUGCGACAAUGCACAUAAAUGUCGGUUGAUUGCUUUUUCAUCCAUCCCAUUAUUUGUUUUCUUCUCCUUCUUUUUCCUCUUGGUUUGAACUUUGAACAGAAUUUAUUUGUGUUGGUUUCUUUGUCCACGUUAACAAGUGCACAGUUCUUAGUUUGGUAUUUUAUGUUUGUUACCUUUUCUCUUUUCAUGAUAGCUAUUAGAUUUAGAGAUCAGGUAACAAAACCCAGUGAAUGAUUUAUUUACCUGUCACAAUGUUCUAACUGUCUUCUUUCAUAUGCUUGUAGGGCUGUAAUGAAUCUGUGAAUUCGAUAUCAAGCAAUAGGGAAACAGAAGAUACUGUUAUUGGAAAGAUGAAAUCUAAAGGAUCACAGGGAAAACGAGCUCGAGCACAGAUACCCAGCAACAAUGUGCUUAGUGUUAGUGAGGUGAGUUCCUUUACUAUAGUAGAAGAUACUGUUAUCAGAAUGAUUCAUUCAUUCAUUCAUUGAUUUUGUUCGUAAUGGCUGUAAAAGGCCUUGACGACCAUUCUGAUAUAUCACCACCCAUAUUCUGAGUCCCCUUCAAUUACUUUCUUUCUUUCAAAAAACCCAGAUCCAAGUUUUAUUCUUUUUCUGGCGAUGUGGUAUGGCCGAUGAUUUAAUAUAAAAAAUUGACAAGCAUAUGUCUGAAUUUUAUCCAUGUUGAUACGCCUAAUCUUCUCUAUGAGGCCAUUUCAGUUCGAUUUCAAGAUCUGUUCUUUCCAUCUGGGUUUUCAAUAUUUUCGGUUUUUUUGCCUGUGAUGAGAACUGGUGAUAUUGUGUCUGUAUGACGAAUAGUUUGAUUACAUAACAAACCACUACUGCCUUCCUUCUGAGGCUAUGUUUCUUCUGUUUGUUUUUUUACAAGAUUUGCUGUUUUUUCAUGGAUUUGAUUAAUGGGGCCAGGUGAUGAUUUAUAAUGCAUAGUUCAGCUGAGUGAUCACUGUGAUUAGAUAAAUCCUUUUGCAUGUUUAUUCACUACUUUAUAUGGACACCAUUUUAGAGCUAAUUGCAUAUACUGGUUCUUCGAGUAGGGUUUGGUCGGAAUUAGUUCUUUUGGUUUCAGGUACAAUUCAGGGGUGUCAAGAUUAAGUAUCUGAUGUUUUAAUAUCGAUACUUAAUAUCUGUGGUAUGGCCGAUGAUUUAAUAUCGAUGAAGGUGAGUAACCUAAAAAAAGCUAUUGUUUAUAUACCAUGUACGUUUUAUGUAGUGAUUAAACUGUCUUCUUAUGAAUUUCAGAGUUGAGCAUGAUUAUGAAGGCUAUUGGUAUAUCUGAUGUUCCACUUCCUCGUAUCCAUACUCCUCGUAUGAGUCCUAAUGUAGAGGCAAGCACAAACAUAUAAGGUAACAUUUGAACCUGAUCAUUAGUGCAAUUUCUGAGCUGCCCCUUCUCUCUCUCUGUGUAUGGCCUAAAUACCAUCUAUUUAGAGGUAUGACAUUUGUUGCUGUUAACAUUUGAUAACUAGCCAGCUAGCUACUACUCUCGAUUGGUUUAAGACAUGUAUGCUGGUUAGCUAGGGGUAAUGCAGGCAUGCUAGUACUGACAGUUGGCCUCCCAGAAGGAAGCACUCAACAGGGAUAAUAUGACUUUCAUUGCCCUGCUGCCAAUCUCAUUUUCAUGUCUAAGACCUUGUUUUUAAUUCCAAUAAUGUCUAAGACCCUGCUGUAAUGGUGUUCCAUCGUAGUUUGUUUGCUUUUUUUUUGCUUUGGUGGGGGUUGUCUGGACUUUUCUGACAGUACAGAGUACAGACCUUGAGCUAAUAUACAUGACUCUUGGGUGAGGUUAAGUGGUACCCGUACAUGGGUUUAAUUUGGACACGAUCAUGUUGGUUGGACCAUGGAAGUAAUUUGUACUCUGGAAGUUAGCAAUUUGUGGCAUAAAUUGAGUUUGCAGCAGGGUAUCUGAAUCCUGUCAUUCUUGGAGGGACAUAUAUCUCAAGCAUUAUGGUUUAAUGUUUUUCCCCACCCAUCUUACAGUAUAUUCAAUGGGUUCAUGUGUAGGGGAUCUAGCCAAGAAACAGAGUUCCGCAAGAAGAAAGCAGCAGAUGCAAGGCAUGGGGAAAUCAGAGCAUAUGCUCUGUUUUGAUGGCCGGAAACAGAGCAAUGUGGAGAGGAACCCUGCCAUUUUUUUUGUUUGCUAUUAUUUCAAAACUACAACAGAUAACUAAGAAAAUAGAGCAUUCAAUAGUUGUUGAGCAGUCAUGGUUCUUCUUGUGCUGCCAUCUUCUACUUCUCUUGCCUUCACAGCUCUAUUUUGGACUUUUGGUGGCAUGAUGAUCGAGUAUGUACUUGGUGUUUCUGUGUUCCCAAUUGAAUAAAUUUGUCAGGUUUGCAUCAGUACACAGAAACGGAGCGGGAAUCCUUGCCAUUUUUUUUAUUUCCAAGCUUCCUUCUUUUCUUGUCAUUUGCGGUCAAAAUGCGGUGCGGUCUAAACCAUACCAAACCGUUAAUUUAUGCGGUUUGGUUUGACCGCACCGAUAACUUCGCGGUCAAAGAUGCGGUGCGGUUUACAUAAAUGCGGUUCGGUGCG